AGAAUGCUUUGCGAUUUCUCGGUAGAAACGGCCUAGUUAAGGCGUGUUUGGAAAACCUACUUCCAGAGCCGGGCUGAUUCAUUACUACUCGCACGGAAACUGUUGGCAUGAAUUCGUUUAGAGGAAAAGUAGCUCUUUGUAUCACUGUUACUGCAUUUGCAGGGAUUGGAGCUUACCACCUAUGGAUAUCCCGCAAGAAGAGAGCUAAAGCGAAGAAGACGGACGACGCGGCGGACCUGAUUUCAAUAUUUGACCUGGCAAAUGUCUACAUCAAAGAUCCUGAGACUGUUAUGGAGAAAAUUAGAAUACUGCUGGAAGGAGGUCCUGAAUCUUUGCAGGUAAUUAGUGAUUUUGACAUGACCUUGACAAGGUACCUAGUUGAUGGGAAAAGAGGAGACACAUCUCAUGGCUCCAUAGAGAAAGCUUCUUGUAUGUCUGAGACUUUCAGAGUUCAGGCUUCAGCAACAAAAAAUAAAUACUAUCCGUUGGAGCAUUCUAUCGUCCACACAUUCGAAGAAAAGGCAAAAAUUAUGACUGAAUGGUGGGAGACCAUUCACAAGUUGAUGAUUGAUGAUGGAUUUCAGCGACGCUGGAUCCCUGGUGUUGUUUCAGAAUGCACUAUCGUUUUGAGAGAUGGUUCUGAUGUGUUUUUUCAAAUCCUCGAUGAAGCAAAUGUUCCCUUGUAUGUUGUCUCAGCGGGGAUAGGAGAUAUUAUCGAGGAAGCAAUACAGAAGCAAAGUAGAUUGCGUGAUAAUGCCCGAAUCAUUGCAAACUUAAUGGAGUUCGAUGAAGAGGGAAAACUCUCUGGUUUCAAAGGAGAUUUGAUACACUCGUACAACAAACAUGAAGUUUUGGAUCAUAUUAGAGGUUUUGUUCGACACACGAAGAGUCGUCACAAUCUCAUUCUGUUUGGAGAUACGCUUGGGGACCCUUCGAUGGCAGAUGGUAUGGUUCAUGUCACAAAUGAACUAAAAAUCGGAUUCUUGAACUACAAGCCUGACGAACUCCUCGAGGCCUACCAAGAUGCAUAUGACGUAGUUUUAGUAGAGGAAGAAAGCUGGGAUCUAAUCAAUGAAUUCCUUGCUUGUUUACUGAAGCAACGCUUGUAAAAGACAAUUAUUUUUGUAAUUGGUCCUCUGAACCUAUAUCAAAUGUGGACUGUAAGUAUUCUUAGUUAAUGUCUAGUAUUUAAAAAAAAAGUUUUUAUCUUGAGGAAAAUUCCUAGAAUGUAAA